AUGGUAGACGCUGUGGAUCCAGGUGUUGUAAAGUCAGGGGCUUACAAAUACGAAGACGGCACCCGGUACAUUGGCGAAUGGAACACGAAGGGCCAGAAACAUGGCAUGGGUCAUCUUCUUCUGCCAGAUGGAACAAGAUACGAUGGUUGUUUGGCGGGUGGCAUGUGUUCCGGCUUAGGAGUAAUGGCGUUUCCUGACGGUGCAAAGUACGAGGGGGAAUUUAUGCAGGGAUGGUUCCACGGGCAUGGAGUGUUCUGGAGGGCCGAUGGUAUGAAGUUCGAAGGGGAGUUUCGCGGCGGCCGCGUAUGGGGUUUGGGAUUAGUAACAUUCAGCGAUAGCAGCAACGGGUUCCCAAGGAAUGAAGGUUUCUUUCAAGACUGUAAAAUGGUCCGUCGUAAACGUUGCCCUGAGGUUGUUCAAAGGGCACAAAAAGUAGCUUAUAUGGCUCGAGCACAGUGUCAACAAGUGUAA